GAAGAACGAAAAGGAGUAUCAUUUGUUGAAUUACAAAAGAAAGAAGGAUGUGGUUUAGGACUAACUGUAUCAGGAGGUACAGACAAAGGUUGUCUAGCUCAGAUAUCACAUUUACGACCUGGUGGAAUAGCUCAUAGAUCUGAUUCAUUAGCUGUUGGUGAUAUUAUUAUAUCAGUUAAUGGUAUUCGUACAGCCAAUCUGAAACAUGAUGAAAUUAUCAAUCUAUUGAAAAAUGCAGAAGAAAUGAUAAUAUUAGAGAUAGAAUAUGAACUGCCCGAAGCAGCGUUAAGGGCUCAUUCUGUCCAUUGUAAAUGUCAAGAUGUGACGUUACCUAAAGAAGGUACAGGGUUUGGUUUUCUCUUACGAGGUGGAAUGUUUAUUGAUACUAUGAAAGCUCAUCCUCUGAUGGUAACCAAUAUACGACCUGGUGGACCAGCAGAUAGAGAAGGAUCAAUAAAAGAAGGAGAUAGAAUAAUAGCUAUGAAUGGAUAUAGAGUAACACAUCUUAGUUUGAUGGAAACUAUGACAUUAAUACACCAAGUAGAACAAGAGGCUACGUUCAGUGUGGAAUAUGAUGUCUCAUUCAUGGAAGAAGUACAGAAUGCUAAUGGUCCUAUACUAGUAGAAAUAGAUAAAAUACCUGGUACAGCACUGGGUAUAAUGCUAUCACAGAGUGCUUAUCUUGGGAGACGGUGUGUCUGUGUGGAUUGUGUUCAUUCUAUGAGUGUAGCUGAUAGAUGUGGUGCAAUUCAUGAAGGUGAUCAUAUUUUAUCAAUAGAUGGAGCUAGUGUAGAACAUAUGUCUGUUGCCGAGGCAACCCAGCUGUUGAAGUCAGGUAACCAGGAACAGAUUCGACUGGAAAUAUUACCGGUUUAUGUGCACUAUAAUUUCAUUCCAGUUCUAUUGCCUGCACAUUCUACUGCUACCUUGCCUUCUAUAUCUCCUUCCUCUUCCUCAACCACUGGUUUCGGUACUAUGCCUACUGCUGGCUUUACACGCUCUGCUCUGAGUGUAGCUAAUCAGUUUGGUACUAUUAGUUCAAGGGGCUCUGGUAGAAGCAAGAGAAACUGGAUUCCAUCAGCAGCUACAUGUCAGUCAGUAUUAUUGAAUAAUAAUCAAGUCUGUCACCCAGAAACCACAGAAGUUAUAGUUUUCUCUGAUCAUCGUGGUAUAGGUCUGACAUUAGAUGGUGGUGUCUUUUCUACUACUAUACUCACUGAACCACCAAUAGUUGCUCAAAUAGAACAUAAUAGUGCUGUAGAAAAGUGUGGUUUAAUACAAGUUGGUGAUAGAAUAUUAUCUGUUAAUGGUGUGGAUAUAGCAGAUAAAUCAUUAGAAGAAGUCACUCUAAUGUUACGUGACUCAAGACCAAGAUGUGUGUUAGAAAUAGAAUUUGAUGUUACAGAAUCAGUAACUAUGAGUUCUGGUACCUACUGUGUUAGAUUACCAAAACCUACCGGUGGACUUGGUUUUACUAUAAAUGCUCCUUUGAGAAGAAAUUCGGGAGAUCCAUUAGUAAUAACUAAUGUAAGAAAAGGCAGUGUUGCAUACAGGUGUGGUUCUAUUCAGCCCGGUGAUCAUCUGUUAGCUAUCAAUGAUAUUAAAACUAUCAACUGUACUGUAGAAGACGCUGCACAUUUACUACAAACAGCUGAUGAUAUUAUAAAGUUAAAAAUCAAACGAGAAGACCCAUAUACUGUUGAAUGUAGUUCAGAUAGUGUGACAUAUACAGUAGAAUUACAGAGAUUUGGUGGACCAUUAGGUAUAACUAUAUCUGGUACAGAAGACCCAAUGGAUAAUAUCUUUAUCUCAGAUUUAAUACUGGGUGGUUUAGCUGAAAGGACUGGAGCUAUAAGAGUAGGAGACAAUCUACUAGCUAUCAAUGGCAGAUCAACUAAAUAUAAACGCUUAUCAGAGGCUAUUCAGAUGUUACAGAAUGCAGGAGAAGUGGUCACUUUGAAAAUUUCAAGAAAGGUUUCAGAUAGUAAGGGUAAUGGUAAGUUUUUACUUCCUGGUAGUGACAAAAAUAAUAAUAAUUCUAAUCAGAGUGAAAUUGGUAAACCACUAACACAGAGUACAGGAUUGGACAGUGCUCUGGAGUCAUGGGAUAGUUCUGGACCAGAAAUGGGCAGUGUUCAUCACAACCAAUCCAAAUUAUCUUCUUCUAGACCUAAAGUUCCAGAGAAAAGACGCAAAUCAGAGGGUUUAGCUGAUUUACAGAUGUCAGACGGCGAAUGGGACAACCACUCAGCUAGUAACCAUAGUUACUCCAGUAGCAACCCAGAAGAUGAUUGGGUUGGCACUUUUGAAGAUUUCAUGCAUGGAACAGGAUCAGAGAUGCUGAAGCAGAUUGGCUUAAGUUUGAGGGACCGUAGCACUAGUAGCUUGGACCGUAGGUCGAGAGCAUCUGAACCUAAUGAUCGUUAUGUGAGAUCCAAGAGUACAGGCAGAUUUGGAAGAAGUGCUAUUUCUCAUGAUUCUCUCAGUAUUCAUACUCAAAUGUCUCAAGCCAACAAUUCUAAAACUGGUAAUAAAUCAACCAGUGAACAUGUACAAACUAUAUUUACCCCAACACCUAUUCAGUUACACCGAGUUAAGGUGGUGAAGAAGGCCAGUGAGGAAUAUGGGUUUGGGUUAUCAGAUGGCAUGUAUGAGAAAGGUGUUUUUAUCAGUGGUAUUAAACCAGCUAGUCCUGCCUCUAAGGCUGGUUUGAGAGCUUAUGACCGAAUUUUGCAGGUAAAUCGUAUAAAAACUAAAGAUUACAGUUGUCGUCACACUUUACCUCUGAUUGCUGAAUCUGGUAACAAACUUCAUCUUGUAGUAUGUCGAAAUCCAUUG